AUGGCAAUCAGCGCAUCAAUGGACACCAAAAUUACUUUCCUCCUCGCUGUUUUGCUCUCUUUUUCCGCGUUGCCUUUGCGCGCUAGGCUCUCGUUCGACUUCUACGAGACAUCAUGCCCUGCUGCGGAGUUCAUUGUUAGCAACACGGUCAGAUCAGCUUCUUCUUCUGAUCAAACCAUCCCCGGGAAACUACUACGCCUGUUGUUCCAUGACUGCUUCGUCGAGGGUUGUGAUGCAUCAGUACUAUUACAAGGAAACGGAACCGAGCGAAGCGAUCCAGCAAAUACUUCUCUUGGAGUAUUCUCGGUCAUCGAUUCGGCUAAACGGGAACUCGAAAUCUUCUGCCCUGGAGCCGUUUCUUGUGCCAAUAUCGUUGCAUUGGCUGCAAGAGAUGCGGUUGUUUUGGCAGGUGGACCUGCAAUUCCGAUUCUGACCGGAAGAAGAGACAGAAGAAUAUCGAAUACUGCAAACGUCAAACCAAGUAUUGCAGAUACAAGUUUCACCAUGAAUGAGAUGAUCAUGUUCUUCAAAUCUAAAGGCUUAUCUCUAGACGAUCUUGUAACUCUAUCAGGUGCUCAUACAGAGAGGUAUUAG